AUGAUAUUUAAACUUUUUAGAUUUACGAGUUCCUCUGAAGAAGAGAUUAAUAAAAAACCAAAUACACAAACAAUUGAAAUAAAAAAAGAAACUGAUUUAAUAGACGGUUGUGAAUUUGAAAGUGUAAUUACUAUUGAAAAUGAUCCUAUGGAAUUAAUAUUACAUCAAAAACCAAAACAUAUGAUAUGUAAAAAAUCAUUUAUUCAUAAAUCAAAUUUGUUAGUACACACAAGAAUUCAUAAUAGGGAAAAACUAUUUAAAUGUAAGAUAUGUGAAGUAUCAUUUACUAGUUCGAGCAGUUUAAAUAGACAUAAGUUAAUUCAUACAGAAGGAAGGCUUCACAAAUGUGAGGUAUGUAAAAAAUCAUUCAUACAAAAGUCAAAUUUGUUAGUACACACAAGAGUUCAUACGGGAGAGAAACCAUAUACAUGUGAGGUAUGUGAAGUAUUAUUUUCUACUUCGGGCAGUUUAAAUAGACAUAAGUUAAUUCAUACAGAAGAAAAGCCCUACAAAUGUGAAAUAUGUGAAAAAUCAUUUAGACAUAAAUCAACUUUGUCCGAACACACAAGGAUUCAUACUGGAGAAAAACCUUACAAAUGCGAUGUUUGUGGAAUAUCUUUUUAUUCUAUGUCCAAUUUAUUGCAACAUAAGUUUAUUCAUACUGGAGAGAAACCGUUUAAAUGUGAUGUUUGUAAACUAUCAUUUAAUCAAUUAUCUAAUUUAAAGCGGCACAAGUUCAUUCAUAUUGAAGAAAAGCCCUACAAAUGUGAGGUAUGUAAAAAAUCAUUUAGACGUAAAUCAAAUUUGUUGGUUCACUCGGGGAUUCAUACUCGUUAG